AUGACAGAAGGGGAAGACAGCUCUAGCUCCCCUUCUGAAUGGUCUGAGGCCGAGGAGGCCCCGCCCGACAAAACUCCAACAUGGGAAGGCACGGCCGGCGGUAACAUCAAGGGGGUGGACCCCCACAACUUAAAAUAUAAAUUCGGGGACAUUAAAUCAAAUCCGGGGACGUUCCGAGGACGGAUUUUGUCCGGGGACAGAUUUGUAAAUCCGGGGACUGUCCCCGGGAAAUGGGGACGUGUGAUGGAGCUGGGCCAACUGGUCAAUGGGACCCCAGUGACGGAAUUCAUCUUGCUGGGGUUUGGAGUCGGCCAACAGGAACGGUUCCUGCUCCUCGCCUUUUUUGCCAUUCUCUACAUGGUCACGUUGGCUGAAAACCUGACCAUCAUCACACUGGUGGUUCUUGACACCCACUUGUCCCGGCACCCCAUGUACAUAUUGCUGGGCAACUUCUCCUGGCUGGAGAUCUGUCUCGUGAGCACCACCGUGCCCCGGAUGAUCUUUGAUCUGGCAUCCCCUCAAGGGAUCAUCUCUUUCAGGGACUGUUUCCUCCAGUUCUACCUGUUAUUUUCUCUCGGGACCUCUGAAGAUCUCUUCCUCUCUGCCAUGGCCUUGGACCGGUACGUGGCCAUCUGCCACCCUCUGCGCUACCCACAGAUUAUGUCCCAAGAUUUCUGUUAUGCUCUGGUGGUUGCUUGUUGGGGCCUGGGCUUCACUGCCUACGUUGUUCCAGUGACUAUGAUGUCCAGAUUGUCCUUCUGCGGCCCCAACAUCAUUGACCAUUUUUUGUGUGAUGCUGAGCCCAUCCUCUCCCUGGUCUGUCCCCCUUUAGGAGUGGCUCCCCUUGUUUGUCAGGUGCUUGCCAAUGCUUUAAUUUUAAGCAAUGUCUUGUUUGUUGUCCUCUCCUACGGCACUGUGAUUCUCACCCUGAUGAAGCCCGCUUUCGAAGGCAGCCGUAAGAAGGCCUUCUCCACCAUCUCCUUCCACCUAAUCGUGGUGACGUUUUACUAUGGCUCUGUGGCAGCGAUAUACAUAUGUCCAGAUGGAGAAAAUCAGGCGGAGGUCACGAAAGCCGUCACGCUCUUCUGCACUUCCAUUGCGCCCUUUUUCAACCCCAUGAUUUAUUGCCUGAGGAAUGAUCAGGUGAAGGAAGCUCUGGGCAGGCUGAGAAGAAAUGUAUAA